UGCACUCUCCUGACGCGGAAGCGAAUUUGAGCUGUCAAACAGAUUCUGGUCAAUCACUUUCAGCUCUCGGUAGACAGGAAAGUAGCAGUCGACGUUACUUUAAGAUGGACAGUCCACGCUGGUUGCCCCUGGAGUCAAAUCCAGAAGUCAUGACCAAGUUCGUCAACUGCUUGGGAAUGAGACCAACCUGGCAAUUUGGAGAUGUCUACGGAUUGGAUCCAGAGCUUCUCGGUAUGGUGCCAAGACCAGUGUGUGCCGUGCUGCUUCUUUUCCCAAUGACGGAUAAGUAUGAGGCUUUCAAGCAAGAAGAGGAAGAGAAACUCAAGGGAGAGCGACAGGAGGUCUCUCCUGACGUCUACUUCAUAAAGCAAACUAUUGGAAACGCCUGUGGAACGAUAGGAUUAAUUCAUGCCGUGGCGAACAACCAGGCCCGCCUGGAAUUCGAGCCCGAUUCUCCUCUGCAGAAGUUCAUUGAACAAAGCUCUAAAAUGAGCUCAGAAGAAAAGGCAGCCUUCCUGGAAAAAGACGAGAGUAUACGCGUUACACAUGAAUCCAGUGCACAGGAGGGACAAACGGAGGCCCCAAGUUUAGACGAGAAAGUGAACCUGCAUUUUAUAGCUUUUGUGAAUGUCGGAGGACAGUUAUAUGAACUGGAUGGCCGGAAGCCUUUCCCUAUCGUCCACGGAAAAACCUCAGAAGAUAAUUUCCUGGAGGACGCUGCAAAGGUUUGUAAGGUCUUCAUGGCCCGCGACCCUCAGGAGCUGCGCUUCACCAUCAUUGCCCUCUCCAAAGAUUCCUAUUGAGGAAGCUCCCUUGUAAGAAAAACAUUACUGCCAAACAUUCUCAAAGUGCUGACUUCAUUGGAAUCUUUUUUUUUUCUUCUCCAAAAUACUUGCAGGGAAAAAAAUAAUCUAAAAUAUCAGGGGUAUCCUUCUGAAGUAAUGUUCCAUUUUUUUGUUAUGAAUCGCUUGGAAUUCUAAGGGAAUCGGAGUGCCGCUCUAAGCAAAAAGUAUUUCCUGUUGAGAUUAAAAUCUUCCAGCCCCUCCCCCCCCCCCGGCUAAACCCUCAAACUGUAAAACCGAUAUCGGCUGCACUAUCGUGACGCUGCACUUAAGUGUGUUUCCAUGGUGUUUUUGGCUUUCAAUCAAGAAAGAAAUUAACUCUGGGUUCAAUGAUACAUGCUUUUUUCUUUUUUAUCAUGUGACCAAACACAUGGUCCAAACCAACUGACGGCUAGCUCCUGUAAGUGAGGCUAGCUGAAAAAUGCAGACUGUACAUCCACGUGGAAGGUGCCUACAUUUUCGUAAUAUGAAUUACAAAUUCUGUCUAAAAAUAAAAUUUAUGAACACUA